ACCGCAUACAUGCAAGUUUUUGCCUUAUGAAAAUGAGUAAUUGCCGGCAGAUACCCGUUUGUCCAGCAGAGUGAAAGAUGCUUUAUAUACCAAAAACCCUUGUCUACACACUCCUAAUUCCUAAAAGCUUGAUUUUCCCCCAAAAUGGCGGCAAUUCAGAGAUCGCUCCUCCUUUUCACUCUCUUGCUCUUCUUCACCUUAUUAGUCCAGGCGAAGAAAUCAACGGAAGAUUUAAAGGAAGUCACUCACAAGGUCUAUUUCGAUAUCGAGAUCGAUGGAAAACCUGCUGGGCGUAUCACCAUGGGUCUUUUUGGGAAAACUGUUCCUAAGACAGCAGAAAACUUUAGAGCCUUGUGCACAGGGGAGAAGGGUAUUGGCAAACAUGGCAAGCCUCUCCAUUAUAAGGGAAGCACUUUCCAUAGAAUUAUACCCAGCUUCAUGCUUCAAGGAGGAGACUUUACGCUUGGCGAUGGAAGAGGCGGGGAAUCAAUUUACGGAGAGAAGUUUGCUGAUGAGAAUUUCAAGAUCAAACAUACUGGACCUGGGCUUUUGUCUAUGGCAAAUGCUGGGUCUGACACCAAUGGUUCUCAGUUUUUCAUCACAACUGUGACAACCAGCUGGUUGGAUGGCCGUCAUGUUGUAUUUGGGAAGGUACUUUCUGGAAUGGACGUGGUGUAUAAGGUCGAAGCUGAAGGUAAGCAAAACGGAACACCCAAGAGCAAAGUUGUGGUUGCAGACAGUGGUGAACUUCCCUUGUAAUUCACCCGUAUAUCUGUUGGGUCCACUCCCUCCUUUACUUUCGGCUUAACCUUUCAUCUUGAAGUUGCAGUAGUAUGAGCUUCAACAGGGAAAGCUAGGGGCAAACCUUUUUUGUUAUGACAUGACUUUUCUUCAUUAUCAAUGUUUUUGUAUUCUAACUUGCAGACUUUAUCGCAAAUAUGUUAUUGAGCCACUAUAGAUCUCAUUCAAAGGGAACCCAUUUUUCUUGGAAAUGAACAACAUUUAGAAAAAGAAAAA